AUGGCACCAACAACGAUGAUGUUCACUCGUCGUCGUAUGGAGUCAGUACGUAGUACAGGCAGCACAACGCCAGCAGAUGAACUAACAUCAUGGCUACCUGAUGAUGUUUGUGUCACUUGUCAUGCUCAAGUCUUGGCUGGCCAACUGUAUUGCAGUCAAGAAUGCAGAGAAGAAGAUGCAAAAGCAAGUGCAGCAGAAUCAUCCAGAGCAGCAGGUACAUCAACAAAUGAAGCCAUGCCAUCAUCUGCACCUGUCAUCUCGCACAACCAAGCAGUAAAGCCAACCAGAGUCGCUUCUGGAGAAGCAAUAUCUUCCUCAUCAAGACAAGUAUCACAAAAGUUCACUGGCAGUAAGGCUGAGCCUGCUUCUCAACCAGAAGAGAAGUUCCGCUAUCCAUGCCCUCCAUCUCCUAACAUCUUGGCAAGGUAUGGAGCACAUCUAACGUCACCCGCACUUGCUGCGCUUGACCAUCGAUCUUCUCAACUACAACAAUCAAGUACAAGUGAACGAGAGUUUGCAUCGUCAUCAAGCGAGGAAAGUGCAAAUGAGGCACACGUUGAACAAACAACAACAAAAAGACGAAGCUCUUCACGGUCAACAUUCAGUUCUGCUUCGGAGGCAGCUUUCUCUACAGAUCCCAGCACACCUUCGCCUGCCGUAAGAUCGACGAGAGACGAGCUUGAUGACUUGGAACCAACAGAUCUGGAUCUUCCUCCACCGAUGCAACCUGCCACUUCGUUGAUGUUGAACGCUCGCGAGCGUCGAAGCCCCGCAACAAAGAAGGUCAAUCUUCCCUCAAAUCCUCCAGUGGUAAAGAGAGAGCGAGUGACAAUGAUGUCGUUUGCAAGAAGGCCAAGUCGAACAAACUUACCAGCCCCAGUCUUGUUCACUUCGCCUGUGUUGGCUACAACGGUGAUGAAAGCAUCUCCGCAAACCAAUGCAAGUGCUGCAGGACUGUCGUCAUCGCCAUCAGGUCAGUCUUCUCGAAUUCCAAGUCACGGUAGCAAUGCAGCAUCUUUGCCAUCUAAUCAUCUGGAGGAGAAGACAAGUCCACAACGUUUCUCUCCCACUUCAAUGAUGAAGCGUAGCAGCGUGAGCGCCAUGCCGGUCAACAAGGUUCAUACUGACACAAAUUUGAUUCGCAAAUCACCUCCUUCGCCUCCACAAAUGGCUUCGGCUUCCAGUUCAGCAGGCAAGACGCUGCGUGCCACCAGUCCAGCUCCUUAUAUGGUUUCCACCACGAUGAGUUCACUUAAAUCCACAACACCCGACAAUAUCACUUGUGGUCGUUUUGGAUGCAAAGGUCUCUCGGGAAGCGUUGAAGAUGGAUGCAAAUCUUCGCAUGAGACUGCCCACUCAUCUGAACGACCAUCGAUGCUCUUAAGCCACAAGCAUACUCAUAGCGCCAGUGCUGGCCUCAACUUGAUCGGUCAAGAAGGUGAAGAGGGAAAGGAACCCGUGAACGCUACGGCUACUGGUACAUCCAAGCUACGUAUGACACCAAUGCUAAAGUCAAGCAACAGCGUCAUCACUGACGGUAAAGAGGAACGCUUGGAAGAGAUGGAAAGAUCGAUCAAAAGCCCACCUAGAGGUCGAUCAAAGGCAAGAGGCCGUAGUUCCACCUCACGUCGUAGUCCAAGCCCACCACGUGGAGCAGCAAGACGAGGAAGGUCAGAAGAUAUGCUUUCGUCAAAGGAAAUGUCAAGGUCAUCCAAUCAAUCACAUCCUGUGAAAGUGCCAAGUACUACAAAAAGUCCACGAACGUCAGAUGAAGCGAUGAACAACGAUGCUGAUGAUGAACAGGAAGAGAGACGUGGCCGUCGCGGAAGAAGUCCAACGGAACGCCGUGGUCUUCCAUCGACAAAAGCAACGAUCAAAGGCGUAGAUGCUGCUUUGAGUAAAUUACGUAUAGAUGAAGCCAAUGCAAAUGCAAAGCGUGCACCGCCUUCGAUUGAUACACCAGGCAGCAUUUCUGAAGUAUCUGUCAGCAGUUCUACCGGUUAUGAUGAAGUGGAUAUGGAUGAGCUUUAA